GUUACAAGUGCAACCCAGACCAGUUCAGAUUUACCCAAGAGCAAACAUUUACCACAAGCUUCUAGUCCACAGUGUAUAACAAGUCAUGAAUCAAAGAUUUCUAAUUUAAACCAAAGAAACGAAUCUCCUGUUAGCCAUGAAGAUGAUGAAGAAGUCCUAACCAUGUUUGGUAGAAAUAAAUUAGACAGACCUUCAGAAAGUGAUUCAACUUCUCAAUGUUUAGAGGAUGUUUCCGAUGAUAAAUUAGGAGAUGAAGAAGAACACGGGUCACCUUGUACCGCUGGGGGUCUCCAUAUGCCAAACUCUAAAUCAAUAAAUAAAUUUUCAAAGCGUGUUCGGCGAUUAAGGCACCAUAGUCAGUGUAAUCCCGAACUCGAUAAAAUGGAAAUUUCUACCGGCAGCAGUCCAGGAAAUAGUAUUUCUUUUCCCAGCAGUACAACUGUGAGGCGUGCGGUGUCAUGUCCUGAGAUGAAAAAAAGUCCUGUUAAUCCAACAAAAGACAAUAUUAGUAGACCAUUAGAUGAAACUGAUGAAGAAAAUUCUGAGGAAAAACUUGAAGGUGAUUUCGAAAAUGUUAAUGGAUUGAACUUACCUGAAAUCAGGCUUCGUGAAAACCUGAAUUCUUGUGCAACGCAAACUGAAAAUUUCUGGCCGUAUGAGCAUUUGUUCCUGGGUGUUUUCCCAUCUUUAGAGAAUAAUGAAAUCAAAAGUAGUUCAGAUUCGAGUCCAGCGCCAUUUACCGUUUCUGAUGACCGAAUACUUCCUUCUUCUAUUUAUGAUAUUUUAGAUAGGUGAGUUU